AUGCCUCUGUUCACUUGUGGUCAUUACUGGAAGCCCAACACCUACAUGGAGGCAGAUGUUAACCUUGCUACAUUCAUCCCCAUUUCCAUCCCACUUGAUCUACCUUAUAACGUCCAGAACUUUUUUGACAGAGAACCAAGUCGACUAUGGGAGGCUGAACUAUGGACCGUACAGAUGCAGCCUUGUUCAGAGAAGCUGCCUAAGGUUUUAUUACCUCUGCUAAAUUUCUGUCAUGACAUUUAUGCUGUCAACACAUCAAGAGAUCUGAGAGGUAAAAACUAUCAAAUUAUGCUGACCCUAUACUUUGCCAUUGAGGAAAUCAAUAAGGAUUCACAACUGCUUCCUAAUGUGACCAUGGGCUUCCAUAUCUACAAUGCCUUUAAUUCUAAUAAAAGAACCUUGGAGGGCCCUCUGAUGUUCUUGUCUGGAAGGAGUGAUUUUAUCCCUAAUUACAAAUGCAAAACACAACACAAAGUUCUAGGACUUAUUUCAAGAAUCAGGCCAGAAUUUUCUGCUGCUAUUGGAACACUUUUGGAGCUCGACAAAGUCCCACAAAUCACAUAUGGACCUUUUGAUACCAAGCUAAGGGACAAAGUUACAUUCCCAUCCCUUUAUCAGAUGUCUCCUAAAGACAGAGGUUUAACCCAUGGGGUGAUCUCUUUAUUGCUAUACUUCGGCUGGAAUUGGGUGGGGCUUUUUGUGGUUGAUGAUCUGAAAGGAAAGGAGUUCCUCUCUCACCUGAAAGAAGAGAUGUCAACAGAAGAUAUCUGUGUGGCUUUUACACAAAAUUUCCCUCCUUAUUGGAAGCAAAGGUUAAAAAAUGUUGCUGAUUUGGUGGACUUGAACCAACAUACACAAGUAAAUGUGCAGAUAUUCUAUGGUGAUAUUGAUGACUUGCUGUUAUUCUGCAUUAAUAAUAAAAUCAUUUUAGCCAGAGGGAAGGUGUGGAUCAUGGCAAAGCAACACUUCAUAUAUUUAGAGUAUGCAGCAGAGGAGUAUCAUUUGAUAAACUUUUUCAGAGGAAGUGUCUCAUUUUCAAAGAAGAGAACUAUCCCUGGCUACAAGAACUUUCCUGAGGAUCUUACACCAAACUGGUACCCAGGAGAUUUUUACUUCUAUAAAUUCUGGAUGGAUUUUUUUUGUUCACUUUCUGCUUUGCCAUGUAAAGUUCUUAAACCUUGCCCAGCAAAUAUUUCCCUAAAGAUUAAGCAUAAAAUUGAUAUGAUGAUCAUUUCUGAGCCCAGCUAUUCCAUAUGGAAUGCAGUGCAUGCCAUGGCCCAUGCCCUCGAUAAAAUGCUAUUGAAGAAAACUGAAAUGGGAUCUAUGGAAGACAGAAACACAGACUGGCUUCUACCAUGGCAGAUGCAUCCAUUUCUGAGGAAAAUUAAAGUGACAAAUGGUGCUGGAGAUGAAAUAAGCUUUGAUGAAAACAAGAUUAUAGAAAUGCAUGAUAUUCAAAAUUUUGUGGAACAUACUAAGCAUAAUUAAUUACUAGUUAAAGUGGGAGAGUUUAUCUUCAAGAGUCCAUGAGAUCAAGGCUUUUUCAUCAAUGAAGUUCUAGUUAAAUGGCCAAGCAACUUCAAUCAGACUCCUCAAUCUGUAUGUGCACAGAGCUGUGGUCCAGGAUUCUGGAAAGUUACACAAGAAGAAAGACCUGUCUGCUGUUUUUCUUGUGUAUUUUGUCCAGAGCAGCACAUUUCCAACCAGACAGAUCAGCAGGAGUGCAUCCCUUGCCCAAUUCAAAAGUACCCAAACCCUGAGAGAAACCAGUGCCUGCCCAAAGCAGUGGCCUUCCUUUCCUUUGAGGAUCCUCUGGGCAUAGCUCUGGCAUGCACAGCUCUUUGCUUCUCUGUCAGCACAAUUGCAGUUCUGGGGAUUUUUCUCAAACACCGAGAAUCAGGCAUUGUAAAGGCCAAUAACCGGACUCUCAGCUACAUACUGCUCAUCUCCAUCCUUCUCUGCUUCCUCUGCUCCUUUCUCUUCAUUGGCCACCCAAACACAGCCUCCUGCAUACUUCAACAGAUAACAUUUGCACUUGUCUUCACCUUGGCUAUUUCCACUGUUUUGUCAAAAACUAUAACUGUAAUUCUGGCCUUUAGGGUCAUGAAACCAGGAAGAACAAUGAGAAGGUUGUUUGUCUCUGGUAUCUAUAAUGCUGUCAUCCCUAUCUGUGUCCUGAUCCAACUCAUUCUCUCUGGAGUCUGGCUGGGAACCUCGCCUCCCUAUACUGACAGAGAUGCAUACUCUGAAUAUGAUCAUAUCAUCAUUUUAUGCAACAAGGGCUCAGUUACGGCUUUCUACUGUGUGCUGUCCUAUUUAGGGACCCUGGCCCUAGGCAGCUUCACUGUGGCUUUUCUGGUGAGGAACCUGCCUGACACAUUCAAUGAGGCCAAGUUCUUGACAUUUAGCAUGCUGGUGUUUUGCAGUGUCUGGGUCACCUUCAUCCCAGUCUACCUGAGCACCAAGGGCAAAGCCAUGGUGGCUGUGGAGGUCUUCUCCAUCUUGGCCUCCAGUGCAGGGCUACUGGGGUGCAUCUUUUUCCCAAAGUGCUACAUUAUUCUCUUAAAACCUGAUAAAAAGUCAUUGAGAUGUUUGAAAAACAAAAAAUAG